AUGGAAAUUAUCGAUCAACUGGCAGAAAAAAUAACACUAGAUGAACUCCGUCAAAAUGUUCUCAGUGAAGAUACUUCUUUACCAAGGGAUACGGAGAUUCUCAAUAGAAUAACUACUGAGUACUUACUUCAGCACGAGGAACCAACAUUAAAAUGGGCAAUCACUCUAAUAGACGUAGCUACUGUGAUUGAUGUUAGUUAUGCAAUGCAUACGCUGGUCAACUUAUUAACUUACGUUUAUCCAUUGAAAUUUACGAUUGAAGAAUUUUCUCCCUUUUUUUUCUCGUCUGAUGAUGGAUGUACCAAAAGGCGCAAGUUGUUGACUAAUAAUUUUAGAUUGCAGGGCAAAGUAAAACCUGGCUCGAGAUUGUUAUUGCUAUAUCGGAAUUUAGUUACACGUAUACCACAAUGGUUACCUGACAAUCUGAAAAUAAUUGCCAACUGGAAAGAUUUUAUAAUCUCUUCAUUUGACAUAACCGACAAAUUGUUGCAAACACAUGACUGGCAUAUGUUCCCAUCCUUAUACAGAGGUGCAGAGUCCAAAUUCUCACAGUCAGCACGUAAGUCUGCCUUUUUAGAUUAUAUCUCCUUACAGUCGAGAUUGUUUGAUGCGAACUUAAUAGCUAGUAUCAACGAUGCAACUGUUCAGCCUCAGUUAUAUGGAAUCUCAAAAAUCAUUGAUAUAUCAACAAAGGGUAAAGUUGUGAAAUGGUCUCUUGAUGAAGAUGCAUUUAUCCAGCAAAUUAGGACAAAAUCAGGGUACUGGUCAUUACGACUUCAGUUGCUUAUAUUGUUAGAAUACAUCCACUCGCAACAAACGGGGGCAUUCCAAGAGAUGGUGAAACUAGGAAUGAAAGAAUACUCAAAGGCAAAGUUACCAACAUUACCUCCAAUUCAAUCGAACAAUAAGGUUGAUGCACAUCUAAAGAAGGCGUGGUCUGUGCUAAAGACUAGGAAAUUCAACGAAAAGUGUAUUCGUAGUAUAUUCAAUCAAGAACGUACAUGGACGAAAAUGAAAGUCAAACAAUUUACACAUCCUAAGAUGGACCAGCCCCUACGAGAAUCCAAAAUCAGCAAAGAAAUGAAGAAGAGACCCAAAUUUGUGCACAGGCUAGGAACGCCCACACUGUCUCGUUUAUGGCGAGUUGAUGACACCAACCUGUCUUCAUUAUCGGAGUCAAUACUACCUUCUUCUUAUGCAUUAUCACACUCUGAUUUCUACAUAGCAAAGGAAAAUGCCUUCAAUUUCCUAAAUGAGUAA